AUGCUAAGCCCAAGCAACCACUGGAUGUCACACCAACCUCAGCAGCCGCUAUGGGUCCGAGUGUGCACGCGGAGCUGCAUUGUUAACAAGCUGCAUUACAAUUCCCAGGUUCGCAAGGUAUGGCCUGUCAAGUUUGGGGUCCUCCUCGAGCGGCAGGUGCCUGGAGCUGAGAUUGCGUCCCCAAAGCCAGAGGGGGAGAGGCUGCCCACCUUCUAUAGCCUCAUGCACCCUCUGGAUGAGAUCAAUCCUGUGCUGGUUGUGUCAGGUUAUAGCGGAUCGGUUCGUCCUGCCUACAUGAGUGACCUCAACCAGCAGGCAGUGUUCAUGUCGGAGGAUCCUUCCAUAUGCAUUCUCUACAACUCAAGUAGCAAUAGCCACACCAUAUGGAAAGUGAGAAGAGCAAAACAAGAGGAAAACAAUUUGGUGCUGCAGACCACAGUCCAGGCCAACCUGAGCAACAGCCCAGCUUCAGCCAUGAUCUUAAACCCUGGUCUGUACCUCCAUUCCCAUUCCCACUCCCACUCCCAUUCCCACUCCCACUCCCACUCCCACUCCCACCUAAAUUCGCCGGGGGCACCAGGCAACUCCCACUCCCCGACCCCCACCAGCUCGAGGACGAGACCAAGCAUGUUUCCCAACUUGUGGGUGACCCCAAAGAAUCCCCACCAAGCACAGACGCCAAAGAAUCACAUGGCUACGCUCAGCCGGACCCAGUCACCUUCGAUAUUCAGUGGGCAGCAUAUGCGGCUUACCAUUAGCCCCUCCCCCUCGCGCUCCCCUUACCCCCGUACCCCCUGCACACCACUCCACUCGGCUCUGAACGAAACCCUAGCUGAGUCAGAGCCACUCGUCCCCGACCUCUGCCUGGACCACCUCUGGACUGACAACUCCCUCGGCCGUGCCACGAAAGCCUUCCUGACAGAGGACAGCGUGGGCCAGAGGUACUUGUGCCUGAUGCUCUCUCAGGCAGGCAUGCUCAGGUGCAUCAAGUACGAUUACACAAAUGAUCGCUCAAGUCUCAUCUUUGGCUCUAUCUCUUCUAUCCCAGCGAAGGAUGCUCUGCCUAUCAAAACUCUCAAGAUGAUGAUUGUUGUUGAUGGAAGCAGCAGCCUCUCUCUCUAUACAGGGGUGGUGCAUGUAAGCCGCAUAAACCUGUUAGGACUCCCAACUUUCAAUUCCUCUUUGUUUAAGGACUUUUCAUCCUUGAACAUAUCAUCUCGACUACAAAGCCCCUCGACAACUCCACUUCGCCGUUCUAGCCUCCUCACAUCCAGUCGACCAGCUUCUGCUUUGGAUGCAAAGUUUGAGGUGGGUCUCUCGCCAGUCAUCUCUGAAAGGUCCAAUUUUGAAGGGUCAUUUUCUGAAGACACUGGACUCCCAUUAUCCUCGGCUAUUGUAGCCCUCCGAGACCCUACAGACACUAGGGUCACACUGGAACAUGCUAGUGGAAAUUUCUAUAGAAUAACACUACCAGAAAUGACCUCAUCACCUCUUGUUAAACACUCCUUGACUGCUCUGAAAUACAUCUUACCACGGGAAGCUGCACUCAAGCUGGUCAACAAAUGGUAUGCAACACGAAAUGCUCCUGGCUCAGGUGAUUUCUCACCUCAAGGGGAGUGGAUGAUGUUUUCAAUGAUGCUCCUCUCCAUGAUUGGCUAUGAUACAGAUAAACUGACUCUCAUGUGUCCUGUUGAAACCUCUGGUUCCUGUAGUCCUCUCGUUGCAACCAAGAAAUUCCGAGCAGCUGAAAGUGGUUCAGACAAUGACUGGGAGUACAUGCUGUCUUCACCUUUCCAUAUGGCAGCAGGAAGUUCUUUGAGUGAAAUGCUGGGUCUUCAGAGAGUGGGAGUCGUGCAGAAGAACCAGGAGGUAAACAGUGGCUCAGUGAACACAAAAGCUCCCUUGUUUUCUCACCUGCCAGCCAUCCUCUUUGCUCUCCAUUUAGUGUAUGAGGAUUUCAAGCUCAACAUCUUGCACUGGGAAUAUUGCAGUUUAUUGGUGACAUGUCUAGAUCAACUUGCUUCUGAUCUCCAAGCCACCCAUUAUCUUCACCACUACUGGCGUGAUUUCCCGACCAUCUGCCCACUCCAUGGUCCGCCCUCUCAAGUCCCAGUUGAAGAAGCACAGAAGCUUACUUUCCCAGCAUACUUCACUAUGAAUCCCCCACAUGUUUUGGCACAUUUGUACAUGAUCAUGGGAGGCAUAGAACCAGAGCCGUUCCCAUAUAUCCCCCAGGUCUGCACAACCACAAAGAACAUCAUUCUCUUGUACUCAGUGGCGGCUGCUGAUUGUUCUCUCCAGGACAUCCCCCUGGAGCGCUUUCUCCGCCGUAUCAGUUCCAGUGGCCAGAAACCAUUUGUCUCAAUAGAUGUGUCCAUGAGUCAACAGUAUCAUCUAGAGAAAAAUCCUAGUAUUCAUGAAAAGAUUGUCCUACUAACCAACCAGCUGGGACUCACAGUUAGAGAUAUCCAGCUUCUUGCACCUGGCGUAUCGCUCCUGCUUAUGAAUGCUCAGCACAUGUGCCGCACAUGUCCACCACAGGAUUGGCCAGCCUCAGCCUAUCACCUCAUCCAUAGACCUGACCUUGUUGCUCACAGGGAAGAAGCAGCCAAGAAUGAAAAGGAAACAGGGAGCAGAGGGAAAGAUCCAUUCAAUAUAAAAGUCAGGUGUCACAGAGACCCGGAUUCAACCCAAGAGGCCAGGAAGGUCUCACCAACAUCCAAGGAUGAGGAAGAUGGUAUGGAGACACUUGACAUGGAUAUGUUGGCUCUGAGAUGGAGGGAAGAUCAGCGUAUAUCUGAGGUAAGAAGGAUGCUGUGCUCCUCACGUGCUGUCACCAUCAACAUCAUUCAGAGGCCAGAGGUGUCAGAUCAUGAGUUUUUGGAAGAGCAAGAAAGGCACCUAUAUGCCCUUUGCAUCAGAACUAUGUCACUCCCUAUUGGCCGAGGCAUGUUUACUUUGUAUUCCUCUUCUCCUGUAAUAACUGAAACCCUUCCUAUUCCCAAACUGAAUUUAUCAGGAAAAGCACCUCCUCGAGGAACCACAAUUGAUCUCUCCACAAUUGAAGUCCCACCAAAUAUGGACAUGUGGCCACACUUCCACAAUGGAGUGGCAGCAGGGCUGAAAAUAGCACCAAACUGUGGGGAAAUUGACUCCACUUGGAUUGUCUACAACAAACCCAAAGGAUCUCUUGACAGCCCAACUGAACACGCAGGCUUUCUGAUGGCCCUUGGUCUGAAUGGUCACUUGCGCAACCUGGCGACUGUUAACAUGCAUGACUAUCUUGCAAGAGGACAUGAGAUGACAUGUGUAGGGCUGUUACUGGGUAUAUCAGUAGCCAAGAGAGGCACGAUGGAUAUCCAAACAACAAAAUUACUUAGUGUUCACCUGGAGUGUCUUUUGCCUCCCACUUCAACAGAGCUUGAUGUUCCACACACAGUACAGGUUGCUGCAAUCAUAGGAGUUGGUCUAGUGUAUCAGGACACUGCCCAUCGUCACAUGGCAGAGGUCCUUCUCCAGGAGAUUGGGCGUCCACCAGGACCAGAGAUGGAGAACUCGAAUGACCGUGAGUCCUACUCCCUAGCAGCUGGCUUAGCUUUGGGCCUUGUGCUGUUUGGUCGCGGUGGAGAAGCAGCUGGGUUCACUGACCUCAACAUUGCGGGAGAACUCUACCACUACAUCGAAGGUGGCCACAAGAAACCUCUCUUAGGUGUUCAUAAGGAUAAAUACAAAUCUCCUAGCUACCAGAUUAAGGAAGGAGACUGUGUCAACAUUGAUGUAACAGCCCCAGGAGCGACACUGGCCUUAGGAAUGAUAUACUUCAGAAGCAAUAACAAGGCUAUUGCUGAGUGGAUGGUGGCACCAAGCACCCCUUACUUGCUGGACCAGGUACGGCCAGACUUCUUACUUCUGCGUACUAUUGCCCUCGGCUUGAUUAUGUGGGACAAUGUCUUGCCAACCUCCAAGUGGAUUGAGAGCCACGUUCCAUCGACCGUCUUGACGCAUGUCCACCGAGGAGGAAGUCAGUCAACUCCAGGCAUCGAUUACGAGUCCAUGCAUCAGGCAUAUUAUAAUAUACUUGCUGGUGCGUGCAUGGUUAUUGGUCUGAAAUUUGCUGGUUCAGCUAAUAGUGAAGCCUUCCAAAUCUUGUGGAAAUACACUCGAAUGUUCACAAGUUUCACCAAGAGGAGCGUAGCAGAACUUGCAGGAAAGUCGACAAUUGAAACGUGUCUGAAUGUGAUUCUGCUGAGCCUGUCGAUGGUGAUGGCAGGCACAGGCGACCUUGAUGUUCUAAGAAUUAUCCGUUAUUUACGGUCAAGAGUCGGCCCGUCCAACUCAACUGUUGGCUAUGGCUCCCACCUGACCAUCCACAUGGCCCUGGGGUUCCUGUUCCUUGGUGGCGGCCGCUUCUCGCUCAGCACCUCCAACAUGGCCAUUGCGGCCCUCCUGAUCGCCUGCUUCCCAAAGUUCCCCACGCACUCCAAUGACAACCGAUACCACCUUCAGGCACUCCGGCAUCUGUAUGUUUUGGCGGCUGAACCUAGAUUAUUGAUACCUGUUGACGUUGAUACAGGGAGGCUUUGCCAAGUCCAUGUAUCGGUUAGGUUCAAGGAUACUGAUCAGUACAGAAGUCAGACCUUUGAAGCCAUGGCUCCACUUAUGCUCCCUGAGCUCUCCAAACUCUCACAGGUUAUCAUAGAAGAAGACAGUGCUAACCAUCGAUACUGGCCUGUAUGGUUCUCAGCCCACAACAAGACAUGGUCUGUUCUGGAGACACUCUUGCGGUCUGGAGAAGGACUGGCUGUCAAGCUUAAAGACGGCCGUUACCCCUAUGGCGAUGCUCCCUCCGGCUUCCAGGUUCAGUUGGCUCAUCUUCUUACGCAGGACAAGUCUGCUCGAUGGACCAUGAAGAGCGCCCUUUUGGAGGAGGUGAGCGGCUGCUCGGCGAGGCUCGUGCGCACCCUGGUGGGGGGAUCGGCGCCCCCGCAGCCUCCUUCCGCCGCCGCCGCCGCCGCCGCCGCGCCCUCUGCGUCGACCUCUGCCGGGCCUUCUUCGGCGCCUGCUCCGCCGAGCUCCAGGAUCGAGGACGGCGAGACGGCGUUCACGCAGGCGCUCGUCACCAUCAUCUACGAGUACCUGUCUGUCGGGAAGCCGCAGGCCAUCACCAACUGGUUGGCGGCGCUGCAGGGCGUGCGUCGCAUCUCAGUGCUGAGCCAGCGCGCCGGCCUCCUGCUGUGGCAAGUGAAGCUGAUUUCCCGGGCCGCCCACUUCCUCUACUCCCUCUCCUCCGCCUCCUGCUCCUGUUCGUCAGCCGGGGAGUCCCUAUCGCCGAUGGAAGUCACGUCGCCGACCGUCAACAGCAGCAGCGUCGAGCCCAGUCCGCUGGUGUCGGCUGAGCAGGCACUCUCCCUCGGGAAGCGCCUCGAGAUGCUCACGGACUCGUGGCUGGAAGAAGUGUCACAAGAGGUGGUCCGGUACCUUCGUGGAGAGCAGGAGAGGCAGUACUCGGCAAAAUGUGCCUUCACUCUGGUGAUGCGAGACCUCCCUCUGCCCUUGCCUCUCCUUGGUGCCGAAGACUUAACAGAUCCAAUAACAUUACUGGCUGCCCUGCAAAAGGCCAGAGUACCUUCCACUGCCAUUCCACCGCUCGUCACAAUGUUGUUUUCAUCAGCGUAAACUUUGGUUUGAAUUAAUGAGGGACACCAGCAACAGCAAUAUAGUAUAGAACUCAUCAUAUAUAUGAAUUUUCAAAAUUUAUCAACUUUUAAAUCAACAUUUUUCACAGGGAAAUCAGCAAGUUAUAUAUUAUUGUUAUGUAAUGAAGAUACUUCUUUACUUUUUAUAAUUAAAAAUAACGGAUGUAAA